AUGCUUGAUGCUAAGCUAAAAAAUAUGAAGCAACAGGGAGAGGAAAGCGUAAAGCACAAACCUUGUAUUGAGAACGAAGAUCUCCGACGUCUGAAAGAGAGCGCUGUUAUGAGCCCCUUAACGCCUCAGGGUCUCCUGAACAACGUGUGGUUCCACAUAACCCUUUACUUCUGCCGUCGGGGACGUGAAGGGCAAAGGAACCUGAAGAAAAGCAGCUUUGUUUUUCUCCAUGACGAAAACGGAAAGCGCUACGCGACAAUGGCGCACGACGAGGCAAGUAAAAAUCAUCAAGGAGGUUUGAGCGACAACACCGUAAGCUUUGAAAAGCUCGGCAGAAUGUACCAAACAGAGCAUCCAAACGACGGAUAUAAUGCCCUUCUUCUUUAUUUGGAGAUGCUAAAUCCUGAAUGCAGCCUGAAUCCUGUACCAAACAGAGCAUCCAAACGAUGGAUAUAAUGCCCUUCAUCUUUAUUUGGAGAAGCUAAAUCCUGAAUGUAGCGCUUUCUUUCAAUACCAGAAGCGUUCUUGGAAGAGACCACAAGAGUGUGGUUUGAGAAUCGAUGCCUUGGGGUAAACAAGCUCGGAGAUAUGAUGAAAAUUCUCAGCAACGGAGCCAACCUGUCAAAGAUCCACACUAACCAUAGUGUAAGGGCAACAGCGAUUACACUGUGGUCAGAUGCUGGCCUGUCUUAUCGUCAUAUAAUGCCAUUAUCUGGCCACAGGAAUGAAAACUCCCUCCGCAGUUACAACACACGUCCUUCUUCCCAGCAGCUCCAGUUGUGCAGCAACGGGCUGUCCACUGCUCUCAAUUCAGCUGAUCAACAUCUGCUCCCUCAGAAAGUAACACAGCAACCAGAUCUUACCUCGGGCAUAGCUACCUGCACCAUUCCAACACAGAAUAUUUACUCUCGCCAUAAUGAGAAAGUCAGCUUCGCUGCCAUGUUUUGUGGUUGCCAGAUUGGUCAAGUUCACAUUCAUCGCCACGAUAAGCCUCAGUGA